AUGAGCAGUUCAUAUAAUAUGAAUAAUUUUAUUCUUCGUCUUCGUGAUUUACCAUGGAAUACAAGUCAAAAUGCAGUACAAAACUUUCUUCACGGUUGUAAAAUUUGCCAAAUACAAUUCGUAACAAAUGAUCAAGAUGCAUCAACUGGUGAAUGUUUUGUUAUUGUUGAAACAAAAGAUGACAUUGAUUUAGCAAAAAGUUUUGAUAAAAAAAUGAUGGGAAAUCGAGCAAUCUCUACUUCAUUUACAAUGAGAAUGCGUGGCGUACCAUUUGAUGCUGGUGAAAAAGAAAUUUUUGAUUUCUUUAGUCCUGUUGUAUCAAUCCGACUUGAACAAGAAAAUACUCCACGUGGUAAACCACUAAUAUGGUAUGCAGAAUUUGGUUCACGUAAAGAAGCAACUGAAGCAAUGACAUAA